UCUUUCAAUGAAAAGAGGCGAAAAAAUAUAUAGCUGGCUAUAUCUACUGGCAGAAGAAUGUAGGUCACUUUUGAUUUAAUUUUUCCUCUAGUUACAGCUACAAAAAUGUACCAGUCAAGUUCAGACGGCAUGAGAAAGAUGGAUAAAGUAGCUCUCUGUCUUAUGUUUCUCUGUGUGAAUCUUUUCGCGUUUAAUGCUGCCAAUCCCGGAUAUGAAGAUACAGAUGACGAUAAUGGUGGACACUCUGCCGAGUUCAGACCUAUGGGGUACGAAUGGAACAUCGCAGAACUCGAAUACGGCCAUGACAUGCUCAAUAAAAUUUACUCGCUCAGCAAAAAACGGUCUACCUUCCCGACUGGUAUCAGGGCCAUCGGCAAAAAAGCAGAGAAAGUCGAAUUUGAUGCUGAAUUUUACAAGUUCUACAAAGCUUUACCUGAAGUUCUGAAAACCUUGCAAGCACGCCUUGAAAGCGUUUUGAAAGACAACGGUAUUAUUGGAGUUGUGACUGGAAGGAUCAAGAGUUUGUCAUCACUGUCGGCGAAGAUGGAAAAAGACGGAAUAACGGACUAUCGCAAAAUAACGGACAUUGUAGGCGCCCGAGUUACUUUUCAAACCAUUGAUGAUAUUGUAAAGUUCAAGAAUGCAUAUCUUGAAGCUUUCAACAACACUGUAAACGAGAUCCGAUGCUAUGGUGUUUGUGGGCCAGCGAUUGGCAGCUUUGAUCAACGCGAAAAAAUUUACUGGCCCUGGAAAGGUUCCGGCUAUCGUCGUCUUCAUUUCAAGGUGUUUUGCUUUGUAUUUUAAGGUGACAGCCUGGUUAAAAGCUUGUUUUCAGUUUAUUCCUGCCCUUUUUCUUAAAUAUCUUGCCAAGAUUUCAUUCAAUCAAAAAUGACUCCGUUAAGUCGGUCGUCCUUGGUUCAAUAACUUUAUGAGAAUUUUUGGAUGAUUUUUCGAAUGUUUUUAAUGUAUACAAAUUAGGGGCGAUGUUGAGAAUUUUAACAAUUGGAAAAUAUUGGAUUCGGUGUUGUUAAAAAUUAUCUUGCAAUUCUUAUUAAUUUAUUUUUUUCUUCUCGCUUGUCUAUCUGACCGAGGAGAAAUGGUGACUGGUAAGAGGUGACACUAUACCCAGUAACAAUACUAUAGGUGUAUGCAAAUCAAUGUGUGAGCUUGAGCGGAAAUCUUGCCCCAUUCGUCACUAAAAGCCUGCACACCAUGAGUUAUUCAGAAUUUGGAUAACUUAUCCACUGAAUAGUGAUUUAUCCGGUGAAUAGUGCUAUCCAAAUUUGCAACAAUUGUUGCCAGCUCCCUUAGUCUAAAUCUUCUAAUAAACUGAGUCUCAGGCUGCUCAAUUGAACUCCCAAGCCGCUAGCGGCCUGGAAAAGUCUGAGUUUGUUUUAUAAUUGAUAUGUUGUCUCUUUCGAAGGUAACACUCCCAGAGCUUGAUACAGCAGGAGAAAUUCAAAUGGGAACACCAUACAUGACGCUCUGGGCAGACUGGGAACAUGACGUAGUUUACAAAGGGCCUCCACGCUUUAAACAGAACAAGAAUGUCAACAAGUAUGCUCAGAGGCUGGCCAAAUACUACAUGAUGCUUGAUGAUAUACGAAAUGAAAUGCUUCCAUCAUGUCCCCAAAUUUUGCAGGAAAGUUUGAAAGAGUCCAAUUCUUCUCGUAAUGAGUGCUUAUUCUCAUAGGCGUACGGGCCGGGGG